GUUAUUGUGGGUACUACUGUGUUUCGAGUGCCUUUCCACCAGUAUUAGCAACAACAAAAACUAUUUCACCAUUAGAAUAGAUAACAUGUAAUUGCGAUUGUGACAAACCCAGACCAGACCCAGUCCAUUCCGUGGAGCACAGGAAAAGUUCAAAGUCAUCACAGUUCGACAGAAGCGGGUACAACUUAGUUUUUACUUUCGUGUCAUAUUUGUAAAGAUCCCGGUGCUCGAAGCGGGUGGAAAUAAGUAGCGCGCAAAUGGUGGCGGAUUUUUAGUCUAUCCCCACCUCGCACACAUCAUCGACCUGCUGUUUUAAAUUCUAAAGUGAGAGCAGAUCCGAAAUUAAACCGAAAUUAAGAGCAAAAUGAGCGAGUCGCUGACGUUGGCGAGCGAUGCUGGGAAAGAUCAUGCUCCCGCAAGCACGCCCACAUCCGCCCUGCCGCUGCCCACAGUUGCGCAGGGGUUGAGCCAGGGAAUGGAUCUUGAGGAUCCCAAAAACAACGGCUUCUGGCUCUGGAAAUGGUUGUGUAAUUGGACAUCCAGCUCACCGACCAUGCUGCGCGCCGUGGAGAAGAAAAUAUUGUCGUAUGUGAAGCUGCCCUAUCGCGGCUUCUUUGUGGACAUUGGGCCGGCGGUGGGCGAGGCGGACAAGAUCUGGACGAUCAGCAUGAACACAGAGUCUAAGGAGGUACCCCUGGUACUCCUUCACGGCCUUGGAGCAGGGAUCGCCCUGUGGGUUAUGAACCUGGAUGCAUUCGCCAAGGGACGGCCUGUCUAUGCCAUGGACAUCUUGGGCUUCGGCCGCAGUUCCAGACCAUCUUUUGCCAAGGACGCACUAGUGUGCGAGAAACAGUUUGUUAAAUCCGUGGAGGAGUGGCGCCGCGAGAUGAAUAUCCAGGACAUGAUUCUCUUGGGCCAUUCCAUGGGCGGUUUCAUCGCCUCUAGCUACGCCCUAUCAUAUCCAGAGCGUGUGCGACACUUAAUACUGGCCGAUCCGUGGGGCUUCCCCGAGAAGCCCUCCGACUCGACCAACACCAAACAGAUACCCCUCUGGGUGCGAGCGAUAGCUAGAGUACUGACUCCGCUUAAUCCACUGUGGGCGCUGCGUGCAGCUGGUCCAUUUGGCCAGUGGGUGGUACAGAAGACGCGGCCCGACAUUAUGCGCAAGUUCCAGAGUACUAUCGAAGAGGAUAUUAAUCUCUUGCCGCAGUACAUCCACCAGUGUAACGCACAGCACCCAAGCGGUGAGUCUGCCUUCCAUACAAUGAUGCAGUCCUUCGGUUGGGCCAAGAAUCCAAUGAUCCACCGCAUCAAGGACGUGCGCAACGAUAUCCCUAUAACGUUUAUCUACGGUUCCCGCUCCUGGAUUGACUCUUCGUCGGGUGAGAAGAUAAAGUCGCAACGUGGUAGCCACAUGGUUGACAUUAAGAUCGUGACCGGAGCGGGCCAUCAUGUCUACGCCGACAAACCCGACGUCUUCAAUCGCUAUGUGAACGAAACCUGUGAUAUUUAUAAAGUGGGCGUCGCCAGGAAGCUUAUCACGCCCGUGCAGCUUAUACGCGAGUCAACGGAGUCGGAUGAGGAGCGGGAGCCCAACCUUCGCACAGCAAAGACUGUAGAGGUUCAGCCGGAUAUGGAGAAACAGUCCACGGGCCAACCUAUCACACAGCCCGCCGCCGCCACCGCAACAGCCACCGCCGCCGAUUCGUCCACAUUGCCUGUCGAUGAUCUUACGGCCAACAUCAAGCCAAAAUGAGGAGCAGCAGCGUGGAUCUUAGAGCAUCAAUACCAGCUCUUUUUUAAGCCUGUAUCAAUUAGAUAAGUCUACCUAGUAUUAAAUUGUCAUUUUAUCUACUCA